UAGCCUGGACACAUUUCAUCAUUCGAAGAGCCAAAGCAAAAGCCACAAGCCAAGAACCAACCAAUACUUGCUCAUCCGUUUGUGUUCUUCUUUUCACCGGUUGAUCGAUCAUGGAGGAUGAGAGGAGCACCCAGUCGCACCAGGGCGGUGAGGCCGAUCAGGUGGAGGUAACGGAUAGGGGCCUCUUUGACAAGUUCAUCGGUAAGAAGAAGGAAGAGGAGGACAAGAAGCAGGAGGAGGUGCUGGUCACCGGCAUGGAGAAGGUCUCCGUGGAAGAGCCCGAGGUGAAGGAGGAGGAGCACCAGGAUGGCGAGAAGAAGGAGAGCCUCUUCACCAAGCUGCAGCGAUCCAGCUCCAGUUCCAGCUCGUCGAGUGACGAGGAAGAGGAGGUGAUCGAUGACAACGGCGAGGUGAUCAAGAGGAAGAAGAAGAAGGGGCUCAAGGAGAAGAUCAAGGAGAAGUUGCCCGGCCACAAGGACACCGAGACGGCCGCGCCCACACCGGCGCCCCCCGCUCCUGUGGUGACUCACGGCGGCCACCAUGAUGACGGAGCCGUCGCCGUCGAGAAGAUCGACGAAGUCAAGACAGAGGCGCCAGUGGCGCCCGAGGAGGAAAAGAAAGGCUUCUUGGAGAAGAUCAAGGAGAAGCUUCCUGGCGGCCACAAGAAGCCGGAAGAGGCUGCUGCGGUGCCAGCUGUCACACAUGCUGCCCCAGCACCGGUGCACGCGCCAGCGGUGCCGGCGGCCACCGAGGAGGUGAGCAGCCCGGAGAAGAAGGGCAUAUUAGGCAAGAUCAUGGACAAGCUGCCUGGUUACCACAAGACACCCGGGGAGGAGGACAAGGCCGCUGCCGGCGAGCACAAGACCACCGCUUAAUCGGAGCCGUAGUAGUCUGGAUCGGGACUUGGGACCGGAAUUUGAUCGAAGUGUUUCGCUGUGUUGUGUUCUGUUUUGCGUUUUAUGUCGAGGGUGGACGGGGUUGAUCGUCUUGAAGGUCUGGUCUGUGAAGCCCGUAAGGUGCAGUGAUGGCUGCUUGUGCACGGGCUUAGAGUCAGGUUUCCGGAUGUUGUUGGGUUUGUCUACAUAAGGGCACUUGUGUAUUGGUUUAUUGCUAGGCAUUAUGCAUUUAUGCCUUGAUAUUAAUGAUUUCCGCCCAGUAUAUGGUUGUUGCAUUUUA